AUGGCGUUCACGUUCACUGCCUUCUGCUACAUGCUGGCGCUGCUGCUCAUUGCCGCGCUCAUCUUCUUGGCCAUCUGGCACAUUAUAGCAUUUGAUGAGCUGAAGACUGAUUACAAGAAUCCUAUAGACCAAUGCAAUACACUCAAUCCUCUUGUACUUCCAGAAUAUCUCAUCCACUCUUUCUUCUGUGUCCUGUUUCUCUGUGCAGCAGAGUGGCUUACGCAGGGUCUCAAUAUGCCACUCUUGCCAUAUCCUAUUUGGAGGUAUAUGAGUAGACCUGUGAUGAGUGGACCAGGACUUUAUGAUCCUGCAACCAUCAUGAAUGCAGAUAUUCUAGCAUACUGUAAGAAAGAAGGAUGGUACAAAUUAGCUUUAUACUUACUAUCAUUUUUUUCCUACCUAUAUGGCAUGAUUUAUGUUUUGGUGAGCUCUUAA